UUUCACUUUGGCAGUGGUUCACAAUCAUUUCCAGGCUCUGCUGCUCCCACCACAGUUUUUCUACCCCUAAGUGGAAAUGACUGGCAUCUAAACACUAACCACAUAUGGGUGUUUUUUAUUGGAAGGAAUCCUAGAUAAAUCCUUUUUAUGAAUUAAACAAACUUGUGAUACAUAAUCAAAAGAUUAAUAUCUGGUUUUAGGUUAACAUUUUUUGUUUUUUUCUUGUACAAGCGUAGAACUUUAAUUGAUAUUUUACUUACAGAAUUUUGGUUUCAAUUUCUAAAACAUAUCUUGCUGAGCAAUUGUAGAAUGUUUCUAAGUUUGUAGUUUAAAACUCGGAAAUGAAGCUUAGUUUUGUCUCUGUCUUGACAUCACCUGGAUGAAUGAUGACUGAGAUAGCAAUGAAGGGGAGUCUUUAAAUUGCAACUAGUUUUCAUUGUGAAAUCAUUGUGAUUAAAAUGUCCAUUUCAGUCAGUGCACAGGGGUUUAUGGUUUUUGAUGGUGUUUCCAUGAUGGUGAUGCAGAGAAAAGCAGCCCUUGUUAAAGGCAGUCUCAACCUGUUUUCCCAUUUGGCUUCUUGCCAUCACAGAAGAGCAAUCUAAGGUUUCUUCGACAGCACUGGAGCUACGUUGCGUCCUUGAGAGCUAUGAACCUGGAGGACGUGCUCUCGCUGCGCAAUCACAGCGGGCCUCCAAGCACUUCAUCCCAAGUCAGAGACCUGCCCCCGCUGAGGCCUAAGAGGAGGAAGGAAAGGCUUGACCCCUGUCCCAGGGGCGGGCUGCCUACCACAGACCCAAGGUCACGGUGCUGUGCGCACAUACAUCUUUUCAAAGAAGAGAUUGGGAACCAGGUUAACUUCGAGGAAUUUAAGGACGGUUUCAUGGCUGUGUUGUCAUCACAGGCUGGUCUUGCCUCCUCAGAUGAAGACAGUGGGCCUUUGGAGUCAGUUGCCUCCCAGGCUGUGCCCUCAAAGGCCAUGAGCAGCUCUAAGUGGUCCGGCUGUCGGAGCCAGCCCGAGCCCUGUGGCGCUGCAGGUGGAGCCCCAGGUUUACCGGAGCAGCCGGUCACACCCAGUGUGAGAAGCCAGCUCUGCUGCUCCGCGUCCCUGGAAAGCGUCGAGAGUCUCAAGUCUGAUGAAGAAGCCGACAGUGCGAAGGAGCCUCAGAAUGAAUUGUUUGAAGCCCAAGGAAGCAGGUGGAGCAGAUGGCCAGGGAGCGAGAUAAGGUGAGACAAGACCUGGAGAAAGCUGAGCAGAGGAACCUGGAGUUUGUGAACGAGUCCGACGACCUCCAUUCCGCCCUGGAGCAUCUCGCGGAGGAGAAGGUCAGGCCAUCAGUCGGGGAGCUGAGAAUGGAUUUGCGUUGGUCUCAGCCUGGUUGACCUGAUUUUCCGGACCACCCCGAAGGGACUCGGUGAAGUUCUUUCUGCAUCGGAGAACCAGAGACUCGAUAUCUCCAUCCAAAAAUCUGGUUGGGGGACACAAGGCCUCGAGGGCCAUGCGCCUGGAGCAGGGCUACUCGGGGAGGCUGAUCCUCCUGUGGUCCGAGGUGGAGGUGGAAUGCUCGAGUUCUGGGAGCCGGCCAAGCGGCAGAGGGCCAGGCUGCAGGAAGACCUGUGGCACCUGCAGGCGGAGGAGACCGGCCUCCGCGAGAAGCUGACCCUGACCCUGAAGGUAGGGGGUUCAGGGUGCUGCGGGGUCCCUCCUCAGGGCCCCCCAGCUGAAAAGAUGGAGGCCACAUUGCCCGAAGGUCCCUUCUUCACACCCACCCCUUCCUGGGGCAGGACUGAACCCUCCCCGUGGCCCUGGGAGCUUGACACUAAAGAAUGUUUUCUGCAGCCACAGAGACAGCCCAUUGCUCAGCCGAAGUGGAAGCGUCCUGGCUUCUCCAGGAGAGUGCAGCCCUCCUCUGCAGCCGUGUGGGCUGCAGGAUGGGGGCCGUGCCUGCCUUCUGAUUGUUUCCUGUGUCUGCGGAAACCACCUUCCAGGUUUUCCAGUGAUCACGUUAAAAAAGUUUUUUCCCCCUGAGUCCCUUCUGUGUAUCUGGUGAUGGAAGGUGGUGCCAGGCAUUAGAAGUUGGGAAAUGACUCCUGCUUCUUGUUGCUCCCGGAGCAGUUCGGGUCUAGUGUCGGUGCCCUGUCCUGGAAAUUAGGACCUGCCCUGCUGGGGCCUGAACUGUUCCCCGGGUGCCGGCCCCGCGCCCCGCUCCUGGGCCUGGUGGCCGCAGUGGCUGGAGGAAGUGUCUGGCUCUGCCCACAGGACCUGCAGGACCGCAACGACAAGCUGCAGGCUUCAGUGUGGGAGCAGCCCAGCAGCCACACGCCCUCUCUGCCGUCUGUCUCGGGCACUUCCUGUGGACAGGCACAGGAGCCCAGUGCUGUCCUAGUGCGCCACCCAGGCCCCAGGCCCGGCGGGCUGUGCUGGUCCUCUCUGCUUCUCCUGACUCACGGCACGCCUUGGCUUGUUGGCCCCACAGCUAACGUCUCGGUUCCAGUCUGAGUGGUGUCUGGAUCAUUGGACCGGGUUUCCUGGUCACCUGCCACGUGCUGUCACAGCUGGGUCUGCAGCCGGGACUGAGACA